GCUUGCUCUUGUUCAUCCUUGGCCCACCAAAACGGUUUGAGGUUAGUAAGAAUUUGAAUUGAACGUGAAGAGCGGUGAAUAGUGUACAAAAUGAUAUUCAAAGCCCUCAUCAUCCUGGUCGUGGUUUUCGUGGCCAACAAUCCUUCAGUUUUAGCCGAGAAUUCUCCAACAAGAGCCCGCCAAGUCUUGGAUCGGGCUAUUCAAUUUCUUUUGGAUCAACGUGAUCCCGUCAAUCUCUCUUGGAAGCCCAAGGAAGCACCCUCCGCAUUCUUGGGCAUUUCGUCGGCGGAUCCAACAUGGCGUCUCAGGGGGACCACAACCCGCGAUGUAGAAAAGCGUACAGAAGUGGUCGCCACCGUUCAGAGUGUCCAAUUGGCAUUCCUCAAGCUCGUUUCAAGGGGCGAAGGCAUUGACGCUGUGGACGAUUCGCUCUUGACGCAAUUUGUGGGUGCCUUCCAACUAGCUUGCUUGGACAUCACCAACAUCUACGGCUACGAUUUAGCCGCUGAAAUGGCCAAUCGUUUGCAUAAGCAAUUCCCGGUUUCGGUUUCCUUGGGGCCCUUGGUUUUGGGUCUCUGCAGCAACGGAAAGAAGGUCUCGCCUCGAGUAAUUCACUUUUUGAAGCACUUUGUCCACGAAAACCCCGAUAAAAGAAGAGACUACCAACUCUACGAAUUGGAAAGGGCUUGCUUGAACUUGGUUGCGCUCAAAUGUCUGAGGGAUGAUGACCGAUAUCAAGCGCCAGACGAGAAGAAACGCAUCGACGAAGCAUUCCAAUCCAACCUAGGCUUCAUUCAAAGCCUGGAAGUGGGAGAUAACGGAUAUGGAACGCUCUACAAGACCUCUCUGGCAUUGCAGGCAUUGGGUCAUGGUGGGCCACAUGAGCAGUCUCUCCGCGAUCAAUUGAUUUCCCUGCAAAAACCCGACGGAAGUUUUGGAGGGUCGGUGGUGGUCACCGCUUUGGUCAUCCCGGCAAUCAGCAAUUUUUCGGCACAAGACAUCAAAGAUGCGCCAUGCUCGAGGCCAUCAAUCCUGGACACCACCGACAAAGACUUUGUCAAAAUCAAUUAUGAAAUUACCGAAAACAUUGUGUCGAAGCAAUCUGUGGUGGGUCAAAUUUUGGCCAAGCCAGGGGGAAACCUGGAUGAGGCAUUCAAAGCUUAUCAAAAAGAGAACCCCCUUGUCCUGGAUUACGAAUCUGAAUCAACACCUUUUGGGCAAGUGAUUCGUCAAAUCAAUGGAAUCGAAAGGAGAGACAAUCUGCAGUGGUACAUCUACAAGGUCGACCCCAAAACUGAGCAAGAAGCAAAAAUAACGGUGGGAUUGGAAAACAUCCAAUACGCCGAUGGAGAUACCUUUCAUAUGAAGUACGACUUAUGAUUGGGGAAACUUUCAUGAAUUUUAAUGUUCACUUUUUUCAAGGUGCGAGAAAUAAAUGCGUUCUAGUUUGCCUUAACA